CUCAGAGUAUCCUUUGGGUGCGUGCAGUUCAAGUGCACGUUGGAAGCUCUCAAAGGUGCUUUGGUGAUACAUCUCAAGACUUCUGUCUCUGACUGCUGAAAAAACCCAGAAAGUAUGGAGAAGAUUAAAUAUCCCUCUGUGUGUGUGGUGGACACCCAUGCCACACGGCCUCCAGUGCCCCCCAGGCUGAACCAGGUGCGAAAAAAGACCGGGGUGGCUCAGAUCCUGCUCUUCAUGCUGGUGAGCGUGGCGCUGUGCGGCAUGGUCAUAGAAGCAUGCUUCAUCUAUGGACUCUACCAGGCUGAACAUACCAACUCUGAAUCAAUCUCUCAUCUCAUCGGAGAUACCGAUAUUACAACUCCUACUAAACAACCCAGUUAUGGUAUUCCUCCCUCCAAACCAGUUGCACAUCUGACAGAUGGACAAGAUGUAACUCAUGAAAAAACCAAAAUGGCAUGGAGCAUGAAUGCAGACCCUCUCCUCUAUGAAAUGACCUACGAAGACAAAGAACUUAAAAUUCAGAAAGAGGGUUAUUACUAUGUCUAUUCCAAGGUUUUCUUCUCAGACAGCAACGUAUUUCAGCACCGUAUUAACAUGCAUACUGACAGGUAUUCGGGGAAUAUCACCCUCCUGCAGUCCAGGAAAUAUUCUUCACAUUCAAGAAACAGUCAAAAAACACAAUCCAACAGUUACCUGGGUGGAGUGUUUCACCUUUAUAAGGAUGAUGGUAUUUUUGUGGACGUGAGUGACACUGCAAAAAUUGUACGCCACAAACCCUCUGAGAAUGUCUUUGGUGCCUAUAUGAUAUAGAUGCCACAUAAAGGCUCUAAAUGAGAGUAAAUUAAAACCUAUAAGUCCUCUCAGGGGUUUGUGAUUCUCUUUGACAUGAAAAAGCAGGUCCAUAACCGCAAAGAAGGCAAGUGUCAAAUCCUCUUUGUGCCUUUGCACGUUGCAAAGGGCAGGGCUGUGCUGCCAGCUUUGUUUCUGCAGAUGUAACUCUCAAUUUUGUUUUAUAAGUGUAAAGAACAGUCGGAUAACAGGGAAAUUUGAUAUGCUUAUAUGCUUGUGUAUUUGCUUUAA